UUGUGGAGCUGAGAUGUGAGAGAGAGAGUUGGACGGACGGACUCGCGUUUGGCGUCUCGUCAGUGCGCGCGUUGCUCUGUCACUUUUGGUACACAAUCCGGAUCCGGGAGCUGGUUCUCUGCGCCGCCGAAAAGAGACGGAAGUGCUGAGGAAGGAAAACACCGACUGCUGGAGCCGAAAAACAAAAAGAAAGGAAAAGAAAUAAAUAUCUGGUGAACCUCGCGCACAGCUGCGCCGCCCGUCAGGACGCGUAUCGAACCGAAACACUGACGGACGAUCGAAGAGGGAACCGUCGGUUCCUUUAUUCCACAAAAAGAUGGCAAAAAAUGACUCUCGACUCCAGCAGCAGUUGUCCCAAAAAGAUGCCGCCGACCAGAACUUUGAUUACAUGUUCAAGUUGCUGAUCAUUGGCAACAGCAGUGUGGGCAAGACCUCCUUCCUCUUCCGCUACGCAGACGACUCUUUCACCUCCGCCUUCGUCAGCACUGUGGGCAUUGACUUUAAGGUCAAGACCGUGUUCCGUAAUGAAAAGAGGAUCAAACUGCAGAUCUGGGACACAGCAGGACAAGAACGUUACCGUACCAUCACUACAGCGUACUACAGAGGCGCCAUGGGCUUCCUGCUCAUGUAUGACAUCACCAACCAGGACUCAUUCAACGCUGUUCAGGACUGGGCGACGCAGAUCAAGACGUAUUCAUGGGACAACGCUCAGGUGAUUCUGGUCGGUAACAAGUGUGACCUAGAGGACGACAGGCUCGUCCCCACAGAGGAUGGCCAGCGACUGGCAGAAGAGCUCGGUUUCCAGUUCUUUGAGGCCAGUGCAAAGGACAACAUCAAUGUGAAGCAGGUGUUUGAAUGUCUGGUGGACGUCAUCUGUGAGAAGAUGAAUGAAAGCAUGGAAGGAGAUGCCAACCUUGCAGUCAACCACAAAAGCCAGGGCCUUAAGGACUCACCUUCAGAGAACCAGGCGGGUUGUGCCUGUUAAACAUGCCGCCUUCUCUUUCCAAGUCCCCAAACACACUCAUAGUACACACAUGCACACACAUUCCAGUUCCUUCACUGUGCCUCAACUGUGGGAAAUGCUGCACCUCUUCCUCGCCUCGCUCUGCUGCGUUCACACCGCCGAACACUAUCCAACGGACACUUUUCCUCUUUCUUCACCUUAUGAAGGUCUGCUGGAUCUCGGCCCGUGCACUGUACAACUCCACCAUUGUCGCCCCCAUUAAAUAUCUUCAACAGGCUGUAUUUGUUCACCAGCUUUAAUUUUCAGAGCCAUUAAUUUUCCCCAUUUAUUAUGCGAGAGACACCAAAUGAGUAGCGGUGGGCACAGUUCAGCUAACGGCUAACUAGCAAUGCUAACUUUUUCUUUCGCAGAUUAGCUUUUCAGCUAACUUUGAAAACUAUUAGUGGAUCAGUUAGCUUCCACCAAAUUUAGUUAUGCUAACUUUAAUUCAGCAAACUUUUAAGAUUAAAAUUAAACAGUCAAAAAUUUUUGUUAAAGCUUAAAAUCAUAUAUUUUACCCCGUUGGACUUUAUACGUUAAUCCAAUAGGUGAAAUUGACGCAUUGCAGAUGGUGAAGCAGGAGAUCAGACCAGAUUAAAUGCAUUAAUUUGAUUAUUUAGAAAAAUUACAUUUUCUAUUUAUUUCUUUUUAAUACUUUCUAUACUGUGAAUAAAUGGUAUUUUUAAUGGAAACUACUGUUUGAUUUGUUCGUUUAUUUAAUCUACAUCUUAAUUAUUAUCAGACAUUAGCAUGCUCCUUCUUGAAAACAUCCACAUUACAGCAUAUUAAACUUUAAACGUUUUAAAGCAAAGAAACAAAGCCAAAGCUAAAUCCAUAUCAUAAAUGUUAGCAGUUAGUGGUAACUUCAGUUAAAUGUUUUAGGAAUUUUUCAGUUUAGCGUUAUCAUAUUUUCAGUUAGCAGAUUAGCAGUUAUCAAAACAAAUUUUUAUUUUAGCUGUGCCCACCACUAAAAUUCAAAUAAGAGUCAAAAUAAUAUUUAUUAAAGUUGAUGCAAGUUUCUGGGUUUGCUGCUGUUGUUUUGUUGAAGAUUCAAAGAUAUUGCAUAACUGUUUAUGCAGCGGGUUUGUAUCGACGAGAAGCAUUUGCUUUGCAAAACUGAUCGAAAAUGCAGUGAGGAAAAUAGAUGUGCCGAGACUUAAACUCAAUUUAAACUCAUCUUACCUUUCCUGCUCAUAUGGCAGCGCUCAAAGUUUCUAAAGUACAAUCUUCAUCGCUUUCCAUGUUUGGGGUCCAUCAUUAAUGAUAAUGCAAAAAAAAAAAAAAAAAUCAACGUAUAUACUUGUAUUUUGAAUUUUAAUGCUGGUCUUUUGCUGAGUUUUGCCUUUUGUUGUGCACUAAACAUUUUGUUUAGCUGGUGGAAAGCUGCGACGGUCAAAUGUGUGUGUCUUAAUGCUUCGAUCACAUGACCUGACACACAGCAUGAUGUCUUGUUGUUUAGUGAGACGCACAUGCAGCACCUCCUUACUACAGCAUGACAAAA